CCUGCAGGACAAGCAUAUGCCAGGAAACAAUUAUAACUGCAAUCCUUCCACACCCAGAAGUAGAUUGGAAAGGCUUCUCAGGGAAAGAGAGCUAAGGAGAUCAAACCGUGUUUUGCAUCCAACUGAAGAUGGAAACAGACAGGCAGAACUCUUAGGGAAUGAUAAUUUUUUGACUGAGGGUGAAAAUUUUGGUCUAUCUAGUGAGGAAGAUUUUCCGGAAGGGGUUGCUGCGGCAAAAGCUUUUGCCGAUGGAUGUGAAUGGAAAGAGGGACGGACUCCUAAGCAACGUUUAUUGGUGGUGGCUAACAGGUUACCUGUCUCUGCAGUUAGGAAGGGUGAGGACUCAUGGCAGCUUGAGAUGAGUGUAGGUGGGCUAGUCAGUGCACUUUUAGGCGUGAAGGAGUUUGAUGCAAGAUGGAUUGGUUGGGCUGGUGUAAAUGUACCUGAUAGUGUUGGACAAAAAGCACUGACUAAAGCUUUAGCUGAAAAGGUUCAAAACUCUUGAUCUCCUCUUGAAAUUUUCAUAGAAUUCAAGCUAAUAAGCUGGCCAUCUAUAAUGUCACCUCUGUCUCCUUCCCACGUACCUCAAAACACGGACACACUGGCAUGUGAAGUGCACACACA